AUGGCACGGCCAUUGGCUUCAGCCCUCUUCGCCACCCUUGAACCACCAGUUGAUGCGGCCGAUCCCACGGCCGAUCCCACGACCUCGACUUCUCCACGCUGCGCGUUCGGUUGCUUGGGCUGCCAAGCGCGGGCCAGCAAGAACCAUGAGGAGCUUAGUGUGGUGGAGCAUCUGCGACUUCUGCUUCAGGCAGUGGUCGACAUGAAGACACGGCUAGAGAAGGUGAUCCCCUCAGAUGGCGAGGAGAGAUUCAUGGCAGCAAGAAGCGCUAUCCAAGCCUCCCUUGCAUCCACCCUCCUCGCCACCCCUACGUGGCAAAAGCGCCGUGGAAAGCCGCGACGGGAGCCGCGUCAGCUCCGAACGCCUGGGCCAGCGGAUGCCGAGCUUCGAGGAGCCCAUCCCUGUGCCUCUCCCAGAUCCGGACGUGCCCGAGGCCCUCCCCGCGCCGCGGACUGCGCCGGGGCAUGCGUCUUCUUCGCCGCGCAGAAGUGCUCCGGAUGUGCCGGCGUGGCCGGAUGUGCCGGAGGUGGUGCCUGCAGCUCCAGGCGAAGUGUCCGACACUGGCCAAUUAGACCUGCUGCGGCUGCUGGCCACCCAAGGCACUGCCCAGGACAGUGCCUGGCGGUCUCGGCGGUCUUGGCGGUCGCGCGGAGCUGCCAGGUCCUUCAGCUGCUGUUCCGGUGGCUGAGGCGGUCGAGGCGCGGGGGAGCCUCAUGUCGCGGACGCUGCAACUGCCGGGCAUCACGCAGGGAGCUCCCGAGAAGGUGUCGAGCGUGGUGCCAGGUCCGGUGA